AUGAGAAGAAAUAGGGUUUGUUGGAUAGAAGGAAGCGGAGAAGGGGACGAGGGCGCGGCCGCCUUCGUACUUGAAGGCUUGGGAGAAGACGGGGGAACCGUGGAAGGAAAGGUCGAAGAAGAAUUCCGAGACCCGACGGGCCUCAGCAGGGCUGGUGAGGGCGGGCCAGAGAGCGAUGGUGUGGCGGUGCCAGAGAGCGAUGGUGUGGCGGUGCCAGAGAGCGAUGGUGUGGCGGUGCCAGAGAGCGAUGGUGUGGCGGUGCCAGAGAGCGAUGGUGUGGCGGUGCCAGAGAGCGAUGGUGUGGCGGUGCCAGAGAGCGAUGGUGUGGCGGUGCCAGAGAGCGAUGGUGUGGCGGUGCCAGAGAGCGAUGGUGUGGCGGUGCCAGAGAGCGAUGGUGUGGCGGUGCCAGAGAGCGAUGGUGUGGCGGUGCCAGAGAGCGAUGGUGUGGCGGUGCCAGAGAGCGAUGGUGUGGCGGGGCCAGAGAGCGAUGGUGUGGCGGUGCCAGAGAGCGAUGGUGUGGCGGUGCCAGAGAGCGAUGGUGUGGCGGUGCCAGAGAGCGAUGGUGUGGCGGUGCCAGAGAGCGAUGGUGUGGCGCUGCCAGAGAGCGAUGGUGUGGCGAGGCCAGAGAGCGAUGGUGUGGCGGGGCCAGAGAGCGAUGGUGUGGCGGUGCCAGAGAGCGAUGGUGUGGCGGUGCCAGAGAGCGAUGGUGUGGCGGUGCCAGAGAGCGAUGGUGUGGCGGUGCCAGAGAGCGAUGGUGUGGCGGUGCCAGAGAGCGAUGGUGUGGCGGUGCCAGAGAGCGAUGGUGUGGCGGUGCCAGAGAGCGAUGGUGUGGCGGUGCCAGAGAGCGAUGGUGUGGCGGUGCCAGAGAGCGAUGGUGUGGCGGUGCCAGAGAGCGAUGGUGUGGCGGUGCCAGAGAGCGAUGGUGUGGCGGUGCCAGAGAGCGAUGGUGUGGCGGUGCCAGAGAGCGAUGGUGUGGCGGUGCCAGAGAGCGAUGGUGUGGCGGUGCCAGAGAGCGAUGGUGUGGCGGUGCCAGAGAGCGAUGGUGUGGCGGUGCCAGAGAGCGAUGGUGUGGCGGUGCUAGAGAGCGAUGGUGUGGCGGUGCCAGAGAGCGAUGGUGUGGCGGUGCCAGAGAGCGAUGGUGUGGCGGUGCCAGAGAGCGAUGGUGUGGCGGUGCCAGAGAGGGAGAAGCACCAGGGGAGGGGCUCGCUACAGGCAGGCACUGUGCAGCGAAAUCAGCCUAACCUGUAG